AUGCAGCUCAAGAAAGUGCUCAUCACCCUUGCGGUCCCCGCCAUCUGCAUCGCUGCAGCUAUCCCCACUCCUCAGGAUCCCGUCGAGCCCGACUUCCCUGAAGAGCAGGCCGAGGACAUCGUAGGCGGAGUGGCAGCCAGAGCUGGUGAUGUGCCAUACAUUGUGUCUGUUGCUCUCAAUGGUCAACAUUGGUGUGGUGGCUCGCUCCUGAAUGCCAACACGGUUGUCACAGCUGCCCACUGCAUCGAGGAGGGGGCCACUGCUGCUGAUUACUCCAUCCGCGCUGGAUCUCUUGACCGUCGCUCUGGGGGCGUAGUAUCCCAAGUCACAAGAUUAAUCCCCCACCCUGAAUACAACACCGGACUUACCGACAACGAUGCUGCCAUCUUCAAGCUUGCCACUCCCGUUCAAACAAGUUCUUCCAUUACCUACGCCACCCUAGCCCCCGCAGGCAAUGACCCUGCCCCUGGUUCCACUCUCACAGUCGCGGGAUGGGGAGAUGAUGGCAACGGUAAUGCACCCGUCCGCCUCCAGAAGGUUGACGUGCCGAUUGUCGACCGCGAUACUUGCCGCAGCAACUACCCCCGCAACCCAGUCAGCGAGAACAUGUUCUGUGCUGGCUUCACCCAGGGUGGCCGCGACUCGUGCCAGGGUGACAGCGGCGGCCCCAUCUUCGACACUGCUAAGACCCUCAUCGGCCUUGUCUCGUGGGGUGGGGGUUGUGCUCUUCCCAACAAGCCUGGUGUGUACGCACGUGUUGGCACCGUUGGCGCCUUCAUCCGUGCCAACAUGUAA